AUGGCCGUUGCGGCCUGUUGCGGCGGUGUCCGGACACAGGCCACUGGCCGUCUGGCCACCUUCCUUGCCUCCGCCGCCAGGACCAAUUUGAUAUUGGAACAACAGCAAACCCUCCACUCAACCGCCAAACCUUAUCCAUCAAACCACCAUCCACCUCAAUCCACCACACAAGAUGAAGAUGUUCAUGUUUGUGAUGACGGUCGCGUCUCUCAUGGGCGCCAUCGUCGCACCAGCUGGAACACCCCCAGCAGGCAGACCGAAUCCCACCCACAGCUGCCCCGAUCCCCAGAACUUUUUGCGCUCCCCAGAGUCAGGUUCCCCGCGAAUGGCAUCAAGGAACCCCCCAACGAGUCCACCAUCUUUCCUUUUACUCCCAGCCCCUCAGCACGCUUACCUGGCCAGGAGACAUCCAUUCGAUCCAACGGCAACCUCAGCUGA